AGAUUUUCCCACCAAGUUCUCCAUGCAUAUUCACAAUUAGGCUGUCUAGCAUGUCCGUCGAUCCCAUCGUAAUUAUCGGUGCAGGCCCUUCUGGGCUCCUGCUCGCCCGAUACCUUCAACUUCACCACAUUCCCGUCGUCAUCUACGAGCGCGAUUCUUCCCCUACACAUCGUCCCCAGGGUGGCUCUUUAGAUUUACAUGAUGAAACAGGUCUCAAAGCUCUGAAAGAAACGGGACUGUUGGACGAGGCUAAGUCGUAUAUGAGGGCAGAAGGGGAGGCCAUGAAGAUUGUGGAUAAGAGUGGGAAGAUAUGGUACGAUGAGAACGGCAAAGAAGUCAAGGCACACACGGAAUUCCAGGACGGGGAGCCGGUCACUGGUAGGCCUGAAAUUGAUAGGACGGACCUGAGAAAUAUCCUGAUCAAGUGUCUUAAUUCUGAUACUAUCAAAUGGGACCAUGCAGUCUCGUCUUGCUCAAAGAUCUCUUCUUCUCAUUACCAGAUCAACUUCAUAUCCCAACCGUAUAUCACCACGCCCUACCUGAUCGGCGCAGAUGGAGCAUUCUCACGUGUUCGUCCUCUUAUUCACUCCACCUUGCCAUCAUAUUCGGGGGUGUCGAUGUACGAGCUCACAAUUCCCCCUAAAAACAUGACACCUGAAUUGAAAACGUAUGUGGGCCAGGGAUGCUUGUUGGCUCUUGAUGAGGGAAUGACUGUCUUGCCGCAGAUGAAUUCCGGAGGGCUAUGCAAAGUCUACGUCGGGCUAAGAUGUCCUGAGAAUUGGACUGAUGAGAACCCCUUGCCUGAUAAAGGGAAACGGGAGUGGUUAGCAAAUCUCUUUCAAGGUUGGCAUGACCAGGUGCGAGAUGUUAUCAUGGCGAGUGAAGAGGACAAAUUGGUGAUCAGAAGAAUAUGGCAAUUUGACCCAGAUUUGAAGUGGGAUACAGACUUGACCGGAGUCACAGUGAUGGGUGAUGCUGCUCACGUCAUGUCGCCUUUCGCAGGUGAAGGGGUAAACCAAGCUCUCGCCGACGCCCUGGAGUUAGGAAUAUCUUUGGUAUCCCUCUUCACCGUUCCAACCCCUCGCGCCUCCAGCCCUCCUUUCCCCCUUUCUCUUCUCCCCAUCUCCCAGCCUCGUUCAAAACCCCUCAUUUCAUCCCCAUCACCUGCUGACCUUCAUCACGCCCUGCGACAUUUUGAAAGGAAGAUGAUGCGCCGAGCCAGAAAAGAAAUGAUUGGGUCUAAGGAAAACAUGGACAUGUUUUUCGGAGAAAAUGCGGCUCGUAACUUGACGCAUUGGAUGUCGACGUUCAUGAUACGGUUCGUUUGGCAGACCGUAACCGAGUGGCCGGUGGACUUUCUAAAGGCUAUUUGGGAUUAAUCGGCAGAACGGUGUUCAGUUGAUAUGAAAUACAUGCAUAUAUGUU